AGUGUAUGUUAAUGUUGAUAUUAGAGAUGAUUUCACUUCGCAUUAUAGGUUCUUGUCUGAACAAAGAGGACAGACGAGACGGUGUAUGAAACAGAAAUGCGGUAUUUGUUUUACAAAACUAUCACUACAAGUUUAGAGUCGUAGGCUGGGUUACAUCGUAUUCGUAAGGCUAACAUAGGCAGACGGCACCGGCGGAAGGGGCUACCUCUUGCACGCACCCCGCAGAGGACUUGAAGUAGCAACGCACAGUGAAAAAUAGGAGGGAAAAUCAAGCAUGGCUCCGGUCCUCAGUUCUUCUGAAACGGACCAAUCCCCAUCAGACCCUGAAACGGACCAGUCUUCAUCAGACCCAGAACCCGAACUGUCCCCUGCGGACCUGGUGCGUCUGUGCCAGUUCCGGAGGGCGUCAGUGGUGCUGGUGGACUGCUGUAGAACUGAAGAACAGCCAGUGAAGGAGGAGGAGAACAACACAGAUGGAGAUCAGCCCAAGACCCGAAAUCUGCCGUUCUCUGGUUCCCAGUCCAGAAAGAAGCUCAAAACACACCUGCACGCUCUCACUGAAGAAAGGACACAGCAGUCCGCAGAGUGUGGAGAGAGUUCAACUGCCCAGUCAAGCUUCAAAGGUCCCCAGCGCACUCACAAAGGAGAGAAGCCAUACCAGUGUGGUCAGUGUAGCAAGCGUUUCAGUCGGGAGUCUAGUUUACAUAAACAUGUAUGCACCGGGGAGAGACCAUACCUCUGCACUCAGUGCGGCCAGAGCUUCAGUCGAGAGGAUCGUCUCAACUCACACCUGCGCACUCACACGGGAGAGAGGCCGUACCCAUGUGGCGAGUGUGCCCGCAAUUUCAUCGACGCUCGAAAACUCAGAAGACACCAGCGCAUGCACACGGGAGAGAGGCGACACAGCUGCACUCAGUGUGACAAGAGCUUCUUUGAAGCAGGACACCUCAAAAGUCACGAGCGCACUCACUCGGGAGAGAGACUGUACCUCUGCUCCGAGUGUGGCAAGACCUUCGCGACUCGGUCAAGCCUCAGCAUACACCAGCGCAUUCACACAGGGGUGAAACCAUACAGCUGCACUCAGUGUGGCAAGCGCUUCAGUCGAGAGGAUAAUUUAAAAACGCACUUAGGCACUCACACAGGAGAGAGACCGUACACCUGCCCCGAGUGUAGCAAGAGUUACACCCGAGAGGACAGUCUCAGAAUACACCAGCGAACUCACAUGGGAGGAAAGCCGUUCAGCUGCACUCAGUGUGGUGAGGCCUUCAGGCAGUACGGAGAUCUCAAAAAACACCGAAUCAUUCACAAGGAAGAGGGGCUGUUCCAUUGUCCGCAAUGCGACAUGAAGUUCCUUUACGUGGGGAAACUCCAAUCCCACUUGCGGACCCACACAGGAGAGAGACCGUACCAGUGCACUCAGUGUGACAAGACGUUUACUCUGAACGGAGAGCUCAAGAGACACCAGCGCAUCCACACAGGAGAGAGACCGUACCAGUGCACGCAGUGUGCCAGGAGCUUCAUCGAAGUGGGGAAACUGCGGAGACACGAGCGCACCCACACUGGAGAGAGACCAUACAUGUGCGCUCAGUGUGGCAAGAGCUUCAUUCGUUUGGAUUAUCUUCAGAAACACCAACACACCCACACAGGAGGACACACCCCGUCCUCUAUGGUACCGACCCACCCCUCUGGCUCGGCUCAUAUGCCCAUCCCACUCCCCUCAGAUGGUACCCCACCCACCCCUCUGGCUCGGCUCAUAUCCCCAUCCCACUCCCCUCAGAUGAUGGUACCGACCCACCCCUCUGGCUCCGGCUCAUAUCCCCAUCCCACUCCCCUCAGAUGGUACCGACCCACCCCUCUGGCUCCGGCUCAUAUCCCCAUCCCACUCCCCUCAGAUGAUGGUACCGACCCACCCCUCUGGCUCCGGCUCAUAUCCCCAUCCCACUCCCCUCAGAUGGUACCGACCCACCCCUCUGGCUCCGGCUCAUUUCCCAACCCACCCCUCUGGCUCCGGCUCAUAUGCCCAUCCCACUCCCCUCAGAUGUAUCUGCCCUGCAGUGGAGGUAUUAAACGCAGAACUCUUGAGCUGCACAGCAAGCAGAAAGGGGAAGGUCUUUCUGAGAGGAGGAUUUUAGAAAAAAUGGCUCCGGUCCUCGGCUCUGAGGAGGACCAGUCCCCAUCAGACCCAGAACCGGAUCAGACUCCAUCAGACCCAGAACCAGAUCAGACUCCAUCAGACCCAGAACCAGACCAGUCCCCAAAAGACCCUGAAAUGGACCAGUCUUCAUCAGAAUCAGAAACAGACGAGUCUUCAUCAGAUCCAGAACCCGACCCAUCCCCUGCGGACCCAGAACCCGAGCUGUCCCCUGCGGACCCAGAACCCGACCUACCCCCUGCGGACCCAGAACCCGAGCUGUCCCCUGCGGACCUGGUGCGUCUGUGCCGGUUCCGGAGGGCGUCAGUGGUGCUGGUGGACUGCUGUAGAACUGAAGAACAGCCAGUGAAGGAGGAGGAGAACAACACAGAUGGAGAUCAGCCCAAGACCCGAACGCGUGCGUCCUACCGUUCCCGCUGUGGGAGGGGCUUCCCGAGUGCCGAAAAGCUGAAAUCCCACCAGCGCGAUCACGUCAGCGACAAGCUGUUCUUCUGCGCACACUGUGGUAAGAGCUUCCUGACCGCCGAAAAGCUGAAAUCCCACCAGCGCGAUCACGUCAGCGACAAGCUGUUCUUCUGCGCACACUGUGGUAAGAGCUUCCUGACCGCCGGAAAGCUGAAAUGCCACCAGCGCAACCAUCACAAAGGGAAAAGCUACAAAUGCGCCCGGUGCGCAAAGGCGUUCCCCGAGAAAGAGGCGCUUAAAGAGCACAGGCGUACGCACAGACCUCACCAGUGCUCGCAGUGCGGCAAGACCUUCACCUUCAGCGGAGAUCUCCGACGACACCAGCGCAUUCACACGGGCGAGCGGCCGUACACCUGCGACCACUGUGACAAGAGUUUCAUCGACCUGGGAAAACUGAAAAAACACCUGCGGACCCACACGGGAGAGAGACCAUUCCGCUGCGGCCAGUGCGACAAGAGCUUCACCGUUAACGGAGACCUCGUAAGACACACGCGCAUUCAUACAGGAGAGAGACCGUACAGCUGCACGCUGUGUAGUGGGAAAUUCAUCGAUGCGGGAAAACUGAAGAAACACAUGCGCACGCACACCGGAGAGAGACCACACCACUGCGGCCAGUGUGGCAAGAGCUUCGCUCGGGCGGACACUCUCAAGAAGCACCAACAGGCCCACAAAGGAGAGAAACCAUACCUCUGCACGCAGUGCGGCAAGGGCUUCACGGCGCUGUCAAGCAUGAAGCUCCACCAGCAGAUUCACGCCGGGGAGAAACCAUACCUCUGCAACCAGUGCGGCAUGAGCUUCAGCCAGGAGGACAGCCUCAGGAAGCACGCGCGCACUCACACCGGAGAGAAGCCGUUCGAGUGCGAGGAGUGCGGCAAGCGCUUCGGCCGCAAGGACAGUCUCAAGCUGCACCAGCGCACGCACACGGGAGAGAAACCGCACCGCUGCUCCCUGUGUAGCAAGAGCUUCGCCCAGGUGGGCACGCUCGCGUCACACCUGCGCACGCAUACAGGAGAGAAGCCGCACCGCUGCAACCAGUGUGACAAGGGCUUCACCAGAGAGACCUACCUCAGGCAACACCAGCGCACUCACAUUCAUAUAUGAGUCUGCCUACAUACACACACACAGACAGGUUUUUUAACCUUAUAGGAGUUUUUUUGAAGAGACCGUUUUUCAUUUACGGUGGAAUGUUGAUUGCGGAUUUAACAUUAAUAAUCCUGUCCAAAAUGAUGCAUAAAGAUAAAGGUUUUGUUUGUGUUUGUGACCUGUUCAAGAUAUGUGCUGUAAUAAUCAUGCUUUGAAAUUGCCAUGUUUUUUUCUGUUGAUCUUAUGUCAUAUUUGUAAGUCUCACACUGUCCAUAUCUGUCCAUAAAACUUGCCGGAAGUCAUAAUUUAAGGGCUUAUUUUUUUUUUUAAACAGUCUAACGAGGGUCCCCCAUUUCUUGACUGGAUUACCAACUGUCUGCAACUGACAGUACCACUGCUGGAAAAUUUCUAGGGGAAACACUAGUAAAAGUUUACUAAAUGUUACCUCACUAUUAAAUCACAAAUAUAAUCUGUCACUGAUUACUUGAUCAGAAAAAAACACAUUAACAAAAAGGAUGUAAUACCAAUUAAUUUAAUAUGUUGAAACAUGUCUGAGGUGUUUACAGAAAGCAUGUGCAGGAUUAGGCUGCUUCCUCUGUUUCAACAAUCACCUGUUGUGGAUCCUGGGGGGAGGAGGGGGGAGAUGGGCUCUUAUAGUGGAUCCUGUUCAAGAUGGGGUGAGAUGGGCUCGUAAUUUUGAUCCUGUUCAAGAUAGGGUGAGAUGGGCUCGUAAUUUGGAUCCUGUUCAAGAUGGGGUGAGAUGGGCUCGUAAUUUGGAUCCUGUUCAAGAUGGGGGGAGGUGAAUGGGUAGAUAUUACAUAUUUAAAGGAUUUAAAAGAUUUCAAUGUUAAACAUUAUCAUCAAAUCAGUGUGCAAUUGAGCCUCUAUCUAAAUAAAUGUUAUUUAAUUAUUAUUAUCAACAGAUUCACCAACCCAGUAAGUUGUCAGCUUACAUAUGAAUGCUUCCGUUCACUGUAAUGCCUCCCUUUGGUCAAGCAAUUAAGGACAAUCAAAUCACAAAGAAAUGUGACCUGCAGAUAAGAAGAAAUCAAAAUAAACUCAUAGAAACAUU